GCCAAUCAACGAUAUUUAAAUUUUUCUCGUUAGAUAUGUCUAACAAACCUAGUUCAGGUCCACCAAUCAGAGCUCAGUACAGCUGAACGCACCCACCUCCAGAAAUGACAACAAAAGCCGAAUUCUGCUUCAUGCUCAUGAUAACCUAACGUCACCUUAUUCCUCUUCUGUUGACAAUGAAGCUGGUAGAUCACGUCGUUAGGUCGUUCAGGGUGGCAAAGCUUUUCCGCGACAACACAGAGCGCAUAAAUAACAUUGACUUCUCGCCCAGUGGAGAUCUGUUGUUAACAUCUAGUGACGAUGACCAGAUCGUGAUAUAUGAUUGUGAGAAGGGCACAUCUAAGCGAACUUUAAACAGCAAGAAAUAUGGAGUUGAUCUCAUUCAUUUCACACAUGCCAAAAAUUCUGCAAUCUACAGUUCAACAAAAAUCGAUGAUACCAUCAGAUACCUAUCUCUACACGACAACAAAUAUAUCAGAUACUUUCCAGGCCACACAAAGAAAGUGAUAACUUUAAGUAUGAGCCCCAUUGAUGACACUUUCAUCUCUGGUUCUCUGGACAAAUCGUUGAGACUGUGGGACUUGCGUUCUCCAAACUGUCAGGGAAUGAUGCAUGUUGGUGGUCGUCCAGUUGCUGCCUUUGAUCCUGAAGGUCUCAUUUUUGCUGCAGGAAUCAAUUCUGAAAUGAUCAAGUUGUAUGAUUUAAGGUCUUUUGACAAGGGUCCAUUCAGCACUUUCCAGCUAUCCAUGGAAAAGGAGUGCGACUGGACGGGUAUCAAGUUCAGUCCUGAUGGCAAGACAAUUCUUACAUCAACUAAUGGUUCAGUCAUCAGAUUAGUUGAUGCUUUUCAAGGGACACCUCUCAAAACAUUUGCUGGUCACCUGAACAAUAAGGGUAUCCCACUUGAGGCAUCCUUCAGUCCAGACUCACAGUUCAUCUUCAGUGGCUCUACAGAUGGCAGAGUCCAUGUCUGGAAUGCUGAAACAGGCUACAAGGUAUGUGUGCUGAAUGCUGAUCACACAGGACCUGUGCAGUGUGUUCAGUUUAACCCAAAAUACAUGAUGCUGGCCUCAGGAUGCACUAAUAUGGCAUUUUGGUUGCCAGCUCUUGAUGACAUGUGAAGAGAGAGCAGACCUGCAGCUAUGUAUUUCCUCAAUAAGAAU